AUGACUACAAACAUUCAGAUUGAAGUCCACCAUCAAGAAGAGAAAAACUCGGGGAACCCAAAUGUAGAUGAGUGCUCGGAGCGGCCUGACAUCUGUGGAGCCGGCGGGUCUGCAUCUUGCUCCAACACCAUCGGCAGCUUUCACUGCACUUGUAAUGAGGGCUACAUUCCCUGCAAAGCCUGGAAUGCAUCCAGCCCUGAGAUCUGUAAGGCUGCAGCUGAGAUGGUAGAUGAGAUAUUUGAUAAAGGUCGCCAAGGCCAGGUCCUGCAUGCAGAUGACCUCUUCAGGUCGACAGAAAGUCUGAUAGCUGAGCUGGUCCAGCCUACUGUCCACCAUCACGUCACAAACAUCAUCACCAACAGCACAGAGGUACACAUCGUGAGUGUUGGGCCAAAUGCCUCCCGGUCAGGGCUCUCACACCUGACCACCACUGAUGUCACUCUGGAAAUAGACCUCCAUGGGAUUGCAAAGAACUACAACGGUUCAGCGUCUGUUGCCCUUGUUGUGUACAACAACAUGGAGGAAGUCCUCAAUGCCAGCCUUUUCCGCUCAGAUGACCAUACAGUGAAGAACACGAUGAUGUCCAAAGUAGUAUCGGUCAUCUCGCCCUGAAGACCCUGAACAACACACUGCCAAACCCAGUCAACAUUACCCUACGCCAUCUGACAGUAAGCCUGCCAUGCAAAUGUGGAUUAAACUGUAUGUAUUGUCUGCAUUUAGUACUGAGUGUUCAUAUUUGAAAAGAGCUUCUUUCAUUGGUAGACCACCAACAUCCAUU